AUGGCACCGAAAGCAAAAAAGAAAACUCCUGCCCCUCCCAAAACUGAAGCCAAAGUGAAGGCCUUGAAAGCUAAGAAGACAGUGUUAAAAGGCAUCCACAGCCACAAAAAGAAGAAGAUCCUAACAUCACCCACCUUCCAGCGGCCCAAGACCCUGCAGCUCCAGAGGCAGCCAAAAUAUCCUCAAAAGAGCACACCCAGGAGAAACAAGCUUGACCACUAUUCUACCAUCAAACUCCCACUGACCUCCAAGUCAGCCAUGAAGAAGAUAAAGGACAACACCACCCUUGUGUUCAUUGUGGGUGUCAAGGCCAACAAGCAUCAGAUCAAACAGGUUAUGAAGAAACUCUAUGACAUUGAUGUGGCCAAAGUCAAUAUGCUGAUAAGGCCUGACAGACAGAAGAAGGCAUGUGUUCACUUGGCUCCUGAUUAUGAUGCUCUUGAUGUUGCCAACAAGGUUGAGAUCAUUUAA